AUGGGUAAAGCUAAGAAAACAAGAAAGUUUGGUUUGGUAAAAAGAACUUUGAACACCAAGAAAGACCAAAGAUUGAAGAAAAAUCAAGAAAACAUUAAAGAUAAAGAAGACCCUGAGUUAACCAGAAACAUACCACAAGUAUCAAGUGCACUUUUCUUUCAGUACAAUGAAGCCAUAAAGCCACCUUAUCAAGUGCUAAUAGAUACCAAUUUCAUAAAUUUUUCCAUCCAGAAGAAAGUAGAUAUUGUUAGAGGCAUGAUGGAUUGCCUACUCGCAAAAUGUAACCCAUUAAUUACUGAUUGUGUGAUGGCAGAGUUGGAAAAAUUGGGUCCCAAGUACCGUAUCGCCUUAAAGUUGGCUCGUGAUCCAAGAAUAAAGAGACUUAGCUGCUCGCACAAGGGUACAUAUGCGGAUGAUUGUUUGGUGCAUAGAGUUUUACAACAUAAAUGUUAUAUUGUAGCUACAAAUGAUGCUGGUUUAAAGCAGAGAAUUAGAAAAAUCCCUGGUAUACCUUUAAUGAGUGUGGGGGGUCAUGCAUACGUCAUUGAAAAACUGCCAGAUGUGUUUUAA